AUGUCCCUGAGGUCCCUGCGGGCGCUGCCGCUGCUGCUGGCCUGGCUGGGGGUGGUGAGCAUGGAGGAGAGCGGCCCCGGGGUCCCGGUGGCCGUCCCCCGGCCGCUCCAUCGCCGUUACUCCGAGGCCACCCUGGCCAGCGAUUACAGCCGGACCAUGGACCACGUGCUCAGGAAGAAUUUCGUGGAGUGGCUGCUGGCCAGGAGGGAGAAGAAAAGCCAGGACAUCUCGGAGCCCUUCAAGAGGGAGGCUCAGCCCCAGAACUCGGCCCUGGAAGGCUCCGAGGGCCUGAGGGAAUUUUUGGAGCAGGAAUUCCUGACCUGGCUGAUCUCGGGCGAGCUCUGCAGGGCCACGUGAGAUCCCGAAAUUCCCUUUUUUCCCCAAAAAUUUUGUUUUUUUUUUAUUGGGAUCACAUUCCCAGAAAAUCCCUGGGAUGCUCAAAGGCAGGGAUGAAGAUCUGGGUGGGAUUUGGGAUUUUUUUCGA